CGGACCCUCCGCGCCGCCCCCCCGUGCCCCGUGCUAUGAGCGUUCGGCGUGACUUCUCCGCAAGCAGCUGCAAAUGAAAAUGGAGGAUAUGUCUUUGUCUGGCCUGGAUAACAGCAAGCUGGAGGCCAUCGCACACGAGAUCUACACGGAGCUGGUGGAGGAUGCGUGCCUGGGGCUGUGCUUCGAGGUGCACCGCGCCGUCAAGUGCGGGUAUUUCUUCCUGGAUGACACCGACCCCGACAGCAUGAAGGACUUUGAGAUCGUGGACCAGCCGGGCGUGGACAUCUUCGGGCAGGUGUACAACCAGUGGAAGAACAAGGAGUGCGUGUGCCCCAACUGCAGCCGCAGCAUCGCGGCCUCGCGCUUCGCCCCGCACCUGGAGAAGUGCCUGGGCAUGGGCCGCAACAGCAGCCGCAUCGCCAACCGCAGGAUCGCCAGCAGCAACAACCUGAACAAGUCUGAGAGUGACCAGGAGGACAACGACGACAUCAACGACAACGACUGGUCCUACGGCUCCGAGAAGAAAGCAAAGAAGAGGAAAUCGGACAAGAACCCCAACUCGCCCCGCAGGUCCAAGUCCCUGAAACACAAAAAUGGCGAGAUCGGCGGGAACCCCGAUCCCUUCAAGUACAGCAACUCGGCUGGAAUCAACUACGAGACGCUGGGCCCCGAGGAGCUGCGGACGCUGCUGACCACGCAAUGCGGGGUGAUCUCCGAACACACCAAGAAGAUGUGCACCAGGUCCCUGCGGUGUCCCCAGCACACGGACGAGCAGCGCAGGGCAGUCCGCGUUUACCUCCUCGGGCCCUCCGCGUCCCUGCCCGAGGCCGAGGGCGGCGUGGAGAGCGACAGCUUCGAGGUGGCCGAGAGCCAGGCGCUGAUGAGCCGGCUGCAGUGGGACGGCUCCUCCGACAUCUCCCCCUCCGACUCGGCCUCCUCCAAAGCCAGUACAAACAACUCCGAGUCCCGCAAGACCAAGAAGAAGAAGCCGCACCUGGGGCUGGUGAGCGGUGCCCCGGGGCUCGGCUCCAGCAAGAAGAAGAAGCCCAAGCCCCCCGCCCCCCACACCCCCAGCAUCUACGACGACAUCAACUGAGCCCCGCGGAGCUGGGGAGGGGCAGGACGGACAGAGGGACGGACAGAGGGACGGACAGGGGCCAGGCCACCACGGAGGACUCUG